AUGGAUCCUAAACGUCAAAUCUUGAUUCUUCUAUCCGAUACGGGAGGUGGGCACCGGGCAUCAGCAGGUACACAUUACACGGAGGGAGCCAUACACUGUGGUAAUACAUGGGAGCACACGUUUAAGAGGACACACACAACGCACACAGGUUUGUUCCAUGAACUUGUGGAUCACACGUUUGUGGAUUACUUGCUUGUGGAUCACACGUUUGUGGAUCACACGUUUGUGGAUCACUUGCUUGUGGAUCACACGUUUGUGGAUCACUUGCUUGUGGAUCACACGUUUGUGGAUCACACGCUUGUGUUGGUUGAAUAUGUGAAUGUAAUUGUUGGUAUAGGGGCGAUAAAGGAAGGAUUGAUAUCAUUGUAUGGUGAAGAUGCGUUGGAAUUUACGAUCUUGGAUAUUUGGACUCAGUAUGGUUCAUGGCCGUUUAAUUCGUUCGUUUCUGUGUACCGAUUUGCGUCUGAGAAUCCUUGGUGUUGGCGUUGGAUGUAUGAGAGCUCUAAGUCGCCGAUAUCACGUUCUUUAUUUCUGGCUAGUGGGUAUGCUGUGUCAGGACAGAAGUUCAAAAAGGUAUUGGAUGAGUUACGUCCUGACUUAAUAAUUUCUGUGCACCCAUUAUGUCAGCAUGUUCCAUUACAGAUCUUGGAAGAGUUGAACGAGGAGAAUGGGUACAAGCCUCCGUUUGUAACGGUGGUAACAGAUCUUGGGGGUGCGCAUCCGACUUGGUUUCACCCAAGAGCAACACGUGUUUAUGUACCUUCGACUACAAUCCUACAGGCGGCUAGAACAGAGGGAGUUAAUGAAGCGAGACUUAAACACUUUGGUCUGCCACUCAGAAAACAAUUCUGGACCAAACAAGACCCGCCUACCCCGGCAGGCAUGCGUCAAAAACUGGGGCUACGCAGAGAAUAUCCCACUGUCCUUCUCGUCGGUGGAGGCGAGGGAGUCGGAGCACUUGAUUCAGUUCUAGAAAGUGUCAUGACAUGGUCACUAAAAUCGUCCGAAGAAGUCAAACAGAUUAACGUUGAGGAAGGCGAUCUACUCAGCGAACUACAGGUCAUUAUAGUCUGCGGAAAAAAUGAACACACUCGUGCGAAAGUGCUUAAGGUUAUCGAUGACCUUAAUAAUAUAUAUCCAAACCAAAUUACAUUAGAUAACCGCAGCGCUCAAUAUACCGGUCCCGGAGCUGUAAAUACCGACGCACGUAAGUACUUCGCCAAGGAUCGUGCCGCAUCCGAAAAGCCUAUCACCAUUCGCUCUGCACAGUACGUAGAAACGCCCCUCCGCAUGGAACCAAGAGGCGUUGAUUCUAGAGGCGUUGAUUCUAGAGGCGUUGAUUCUAGAGGCGUUGAUUCUAGAGGCGUUGAUUCUAGAGGCGUAGAGCGAGAUUUACCCAGCUCCCACAAAAAGGAACCAGACCUCGUCCCUAUGCCCACCGGCAUGGAUCAAAUGCCCCGUCGUGCCCAACCUGUUGCCACCUCUAAUGUCGAUUUACCCAGUGACUUUGAACAGGGCGCUGCGGCCCUCAUGCGAGAAGAAUCCGUGGAGGCCGAGAAACAACGCGUCAAGAAACUUCUGGAAGAAAUGGAAAACGGUAUAGAGGAAAUGAAACCGCUCAAGGUGGACUGCAAACGCUCGGGAAGCCGCGAAUCCCACAUGCUCCACGCCAACGACCCGAUCGGAGACCAAGUGACUCCCAGCCAACUUCUUCCUGGGCAGCGAAGCCCUGGGCGGCAAAGCCCUGGGCGGCAAAGCCCUGGGCGACAGUCAGGUGGGCAAUUAGGAGAACAGUUAGGAGACCAGUUGAGCGGAGACCUGGACAAUGAGGCUGGCCAGGUGGUGAAGACGAAGCGGCAGAGUCUGAUCAACAACGACGGCGGGCCUCCAAAACCGGUGGUGCAUCCAUUGUCUGCGCGUGCGGAGACGGAGGACAACGACAUCCACGUUAACGCCGUGGUGUAUGGCUUCGUUAGCAACAUAGAUGAACUCAUGGGCGCUAGUGACUUGAUUGUAACCAAAGCGGGUCCUGGGACCAUCGCGGAAGCCACUACACGGGGGCUGCCCGUUCUACUGAGCAGCUACAUGCCCGGGCAAGAAGAAGGCAACGUGUCCUAUGUUCUCAAAAGCCGAUUCGGCACCUACUGCGACGAUGCUGAGAAACUCGGACUCAUUGUCCGAGAGUGGCUCCUAAACCCCCGGUUUGAAGUCAAGCUCGACAACAUGCGAUACAG